AUGGCAUGUUCAUUAUUUGUGACAAGUAUUGCAAUCUUAUUGUUUGUAUCUUAUACAUAUGCACAACAAUGUGAGCAACCGUCAAAUGUAUCUCGAUUUGAUUGUCACCCUGAAAACGAUCCAACAAUAGAUAAAUGUCUUGAACGAAAAUGUUGUUGGAAAUCACCUAGUCAACAAUCGAAUUCUAUUGGUUUUCGUGAUUUACAUGUACCAUCUUGUUAUUACCCAUCAGAUUUUCCAACCUAUGAAGUAACAUCAAGUAGUCCAACCGAUUUUGGUCAGCGAAUUCGAAUUCUUAAAACACAAACAACAUAUAUGCCACAUGACAUUUUGGAUUUAACAGUUGAUCUUAUCUAUGAAACUGAACAACGUUUUCGUAUUCGAAUUUAUGAUUCAAUUUAUGCACGAUAUGAAGUUCCACUACAAGUACCUGUAGUGGAAAAGAAAGCUGAUACGACUGAUUAUGAUGUUGCAGUAAAAUCAAAACCAUUUUCAUUACUUGUUACACGUAAAUCAACUGGUGUAAUACUAUUCGAUUCAAGUGUAUCACCACUUAUGUUUGCUGAUCAAUUUAUUAAAAUUUCUACUCGUCUAUCAAGUCCAUUUUUGUAUGGUCUUGGUGAACAUCGACAAUCAUUAUUAAUCAAUGUAACAGAUAGUUGGAAAAGAUUAACAUUCUAUAGUCGUAAUUUUCCACCACUCGAAAACUUCAAUCUGUAUGGUGUUCAUCCAUUUCAUAUUAAUCUUGAACAAGCACCAAAUAAUCAAACAAGUGCUCAUGGACAAUUUUUUCUUAAUUCAAAUGCAAUGGAUAUUGAUCUUCAACCGUUACCUGCUCUAACUUAUACAACUAUUGGUGGUAUUAUUGAUUUGUAUAUUUUCACAGGACCUACUGUACAAAAUGUUAUUGAACAAUAUUGGGAUAUCAUCGGAAAACCUAUGAUGCCACCAUAUUGGUCACUUGGAUUUCAUCUUGGUCGUUAUGGGUAUAAUAGUACUGAUAAUUUAUUAGCAACUAUUCAAAGAAUGCAUGACGCAGAUUUUCCAUAUGAUGUUCAAUGGACAGAUAUUGAUGCAAUGUCAUAUGAUCUUGACUUUACCUAUGAUAAUCAAAAAUUUCAUGGUUUACCUGAACUCAUCAGUGGAUUACAAUCUAAUGGAAAACAUUAUAUGACUGUUAUUGAUGCAGGUAUUAGUUCAACUCAACCAGCUGGUUCUUAUUUUCCUUAUGAUGAUGGAAUGAAACGAGGUAUUUUUGUCAUGAAAUUUAAUUCUUCGGAACCAAUCUCAGGAAAAGCUUCCCCAGGUAUAACAGUAUUUCCUGAUUUUACAAAUCCAUAUACAGUUGAAUGGUGGACAAAUGUAGCUGCAGCUUUUCAUGAGAAAAUUCCAUUUGAUGGAAUGUGUAUUAAUAUGAAUGAACCAUCCAGUCUUGUAGAUGGAUCAACUGAUGGAUGUACAACUAACAUCUUAGAUGAUCCCCCAUAUGUUCCUCAUGUACUCGGUAAUAGUCUUAGUUCAAAAUCAUUAUGUCCAUCUGCUCAACAUUACUUAUCACAACAUUAUAAUUUACAUAGUAUGUAUGGUUAUUUUGAAGCACAAGUAACAAAUGCAGCAUUGAAAAGUAUUCGUAAAAAACGACCAUUUGUUUUGUCUCGUUCAACAUUUGCUGGUUCUGGUCGAUUCACUGCACAUUGGACUGGUGAUAAUCGAUCAGCAUUUAAAGAUAUGUACUAUUCCAUUCCAGAUAUUCUUAGUUUUAAUAUGUUUGGUAUAACACAUGUUGGUGCUGAUAUUUGUGGAUAUCAACGUGAUACAACUGAAGAAUUAUGUACAAGAUGGAUGCAACUUGGAGCUUUUUAUCCAUUAAUGAGAAAUUAUAAUGAUCUCGAACAAAAAGAUCAAGAUCCAGCAUCAUUUUCAUGGGAAGCUCAACAAAUAAUGAAACAAGCAUUAAUGAUGCGCUAUUCACUUAUUCCAUUUUGGUAUACACUUCAUUACGAAGCAGCAAUGAAAUCAAAAACUAUUGUACAACCACUUUUCUUCGAAUAUCUAAAUGAUGGAAAUACUUAUGAUAUUGAUCAACAAUUCUUAGUAGGCCGUGCUCUUCUUGUUUCUCCAAAUUUAAUUUCUGACACAGACACUGUCCAUGCUUAUAUUCCAGCAGAUGUUUGGUAUGACUAUCAAUCGGGUGUAAGAGUUAAAACAGUCGGACAAUUUACUGAUUUUAAUGCACCACUUUCAAAAAUAAAUGUUCAUGUACGUGGUGGUUUUAUUAUUCCAAUGCAAAUGCCAGGUGCUAGUUUAGUCCUUGGACGUGGCAAUCCAUUCAUAUUACUUGUUGCUCAAUCACAAUCGGGUACUGCCAUAGGAAAUCUUUUUUGGGAUGAUGGAGAUUCAAUAGAUUCAAUUGAAACACAGACAUACAACUAUUUUGAAUUUACGCUAACAAAUUCUGUAAGUAAAGAUUUAAUGGCAAUUGAUAGUUAG